AUGCAAACCGCGAACAAAGGAGCCGCCUGGAAACGGCGAAGGCAAUUCCAGGGGAACGACGGAGCAGUGCCUGACCCGUGA